UUGCUUAUUGACAACAGAAAAAUUAGAAGCUCAGUGAAAAGGCCUUCUCAACAUCCUGUUUGUAAGCUGCCUUGAAACAGAGGAUCUCACUGCUCCUCUCUCUAAAACCCAACGGUUUCCAGAGCAUCUCUGUGCAAUGGCUAUGGUGUCUCUGUUGGACUUUGAAGCUUAUGCAGAAAAAUAUUUACCUAAGAUUGCUUGGGAUUUCUUUGCAUCAGGAGCGGAUGAGAAUAGCACCCGAGAUGAAAACAUCCUGGCAUAUAAAAGGAUUCGUUUUCGGCCACGUAUGCUGCGAGAUGUGUCUAUACUGGACACUAGGACGAAAAUCCUGGGGACGGAAAUCAGCUUUCCUGUAGGAAUCGCCCCGACUGGCUUCCACCAACUAGCAUGGCCUGAUGGAGAGAAAAGCACAGCCAGAGCGGCCAAAGCGAUGGGCAUCUGUUACAUUGCCAGCACCUACUCUACCUGCUCGCUGGAAGAGAUCACUGCAGCUGCUCCUGGUGGCUUUCGGUGGUUCCAGCUCUACAUCCACCGCAACAGGACAGUCUCUAGGCAAUUGGUCCAACAGGCAGAGGCCUUGGGAUUCCAGGGCCUAGUCCUCACUGUGGAUCUGCCCUACACUGGCAAAAGGCGCAAUGAUGUCCGUAAUGGCUUCCGACUUCCUCCCCACAUGAAACUGAAGAACUUGGAGGGAGCCUUUGAGGGAAAUGACCGAUCUGAGUACGGACUGCCACCCAACAGCCUGGAUCCUUCGGUCACCUGGGAUGAUAUCUACUGGCUGAGGAGCCUGACUCACCUGCCCAUUGUCAUCAAAGGGAUCUUGACAAAAGAAGAUGCAGAGCUCGCAGUGAGGCAUGGAGUUCAGGGAAUUAUCGUGUCCAACCAUGGCGGAAGGCAACUGGAUGGAGCACCUGCCACUAUAGAUGCUCUGGUUGAAGUUGUGGAGGCAGUACGAGGCAGAGUUGAAGUUUAUUUAGAUGGUGGUAUACGGAAAGGAAGCGACGUAUUGAAAGCACUGGCAUUGGGAGCAAAAUGCGUCUUUAUUGGAAGACCAGCUUUAUGGGGUCUGGCUUACAAGGUGAGUAAAAAGGUUUGAGCCUACAUCAAGGAA